CGUUUUCCUCCGCCUUGCUUUCCAACUCUUCUUCAACGCCAUUGGGAAGGCUGCCAGCAACUCUUCUUCUUUUUUCACUAUUCCUUCACGGUCGAUAUCACCACUCAACAUGCCGGCACGGGCACACGUCCUGUAUGCAAUACACACAAACAACCUGUGGCAUCUCAUUAAAGAAUGUAUUUGGGAGUGGGUUGCCGUUGUAUUAUUGGCUCUCGCUGCUGCACUUUUGGAACUAGUCCAGCCGUUUCAGCGAGUCGCUUUCGCCUCCGACAUUUCCAUUGCAUAUCCUCACAAGAAUGAAACUGUGCCAAGCUGGCUAUUGGCUGUUCUGGCUGUGGGAGUGCCCGUUGUUUUCAUAUUGGUUAUAUCUCUGCUAUUCAAGAGGAGUGUAUUUGACGCUCACAUGUCGUUGUUAGGACUAUGCGUUGCUUUGGCAUUCACUCUCCUAUUCACCCAAGUUGUUAAAAUCACCACUGGUGGACUGCGGCCAGACUUUCUCAGCCGAUGUAAACCCGUCCUUGUCGAGAAUGAUCCCCUACGGAUGGUGGCGUACUGUACUGGUGACGAAAAGGAGGUCAAAGAAGGCAGAAAGAGCUUUUUCAGUGGACACUCUAGUCUCUCUUGGGCUGGCCUUGGCUUCCUAGCACUUUACCUUUCACGGCAUCUCAAUUUUAAACGUGCUCCACUCGCACCAAAAUAUAUCAUUACGAUUUUACCUAUUAUAUUAGCCUUCCUCAUCUCAAUAUCCCGCGUUGAUGACUACUGGCAUCGCUGGCAAGACGUUUUUGUCGGCGGAAUUGUUGGUGCCAUCGUCGCAACCUACAAUUACCGAUACCAUUGCGCGAUUAUUGAAGACGUGGUGCAACCACACCAACGAGGAGCUGCUGAAACCGACCGGUUGGCUACUGGGGUGAGUCGUGGCCAUAAUUUUGAUGGCGUAGGAGGCGGGGCAAUUAGCAAUGGGGAGCAUAUGCAGGGGGCAACCAAGGACGGAACUGGGGAAUAUGCAAUACCGAUGGGCCAGGAAAGUCUGAGGAAUGAUGAGGAAAGAACACCCUCUGUGUCGACUGAACGGUUGAACAGGAAUGAAGAGACCUGGAUUCCAAUGGGUGGUUCUCGCCAAUAAGGCUGUCUGAGUAUUCAGCUGAAAUGGGGCGGUGUACAAGCCCCAGCAUUUUCGUGGACAAGUAUUUGUAUUAUAGAAUGUACCAAUUAUGAUCUUCUGUUCAUUUCUUUUUUGGCAAUAUACUCGUUGACUUUGCUCC